AUGCAAUCAUGUUACAAGGGUUUGUUCAUUUCAACCUCCCGAACGGUAAGGUUGUCAUGGUUUCCAGUGUGCCGGAGACACUUCAUUAGAAGGAGAAUGGAUGACAUUCAGAAAUGGAUCCAGUGUGGACGAUACCGGGUUUUCGCCUGGUCCAUAGCAGGCAUGGAGACGAGCGUGGUGGUGAAAUCCAACGAUCUGGAGGUGGCCUUUGACAUGGGUUACUCAUCUAGAGAGAGCAUCAGAUGCAGAGAUGUAUUCAUCAGCCACGGCCACAUGGACCACAUCGCGGCAUUGCCUCACCACGCCGCCAAGCGAAGUCUGUUCAGUCUUCCCCGCCCUAACUACUACGUCCCCGCACAUCUCCCCGACCUCAUCCAAUCUGUUGCCCAGGGAUACAAGAGUAUAGAUGAGACGACCACAGCACUGACCAACAUGAGCAUUGUGCCGCUCGGUCCAGAUGAUGUCGCCAAGCUGCCUAAAGGGUACACUGUGAAGUCGUUCCCCACGGUCCACCGCAUCCCUAGCCAGGGCUACAUCGUGUACAAGACGAGCCAGCAGCUGAAGCCAGAGUUCCAGGACCAGCCCGGCACCGACCUGGGCGCCCUACACCGGAGUGGUGUCCAGAUACACGACACCAUUACCACACCAGAGAUAGCCUACCUGGGUGACACGACCUUCGAAGUGUUUCUUUCACCUCCAACCCCUGACCUGUUGAAGGUCAAGGUCAUAAUAACAGAGGCCACAUACAUUGAAGAGACGGCUGGCAAGGAUUAUGUUGAACAGGCUCGGAAACGGGGCCACACGCAUUUGUCCGAAAUUGUGUCCAACUCGCAUUUAUUUGAUGAGGUGGAUAGUGUUGUGAUCAUGCAUUUGUCAGACAAAUACUCCGUUGACUUUAUCAAGGACAGGUGUACCGAAAUGAUUCCGCUGCCAUUUAGGAGAAAAGUCAGAAUUGCGACUCUAGCAAAGGAGAAGACGUCAUGAUGAUAUUUUUGAAUAUUGAGUCGUUUCCUACAACUGCCAUUGUGUCAUUGUCAUCACAGAGCUGCGUAUUUGCAUAAAUACGCAUUAAAUACACUGACAUACACAGACAAAUCAAAUCCUAUCAUAUCAAAUAUGCAAAAAAAACUAUAAAUAAGCUAUUGAAAUAAAAUUAAUGCGUAUAUUACAACUGUUAGAUAAAACAUUUGCGUAUAUUACAACUGUUAGAUAAAAUAAUUGUGUAUCAGGCGAUCGCCAAAUUCACUUACCGACAGUUACAUUCGGAAAAGCAGACAGGUAUAUAGUUAUUAAAUGAUUUACAGAGAUUGUUACGCAACAGGUUUUCAACUUAAAAUACCAAGAUGUCAAGAACCAGGUGGGUAAAAAAAAAUUGAAUACCCAAUCCAAAUCAAACUCCUGGGUAAAAUACACAAAUAACCAAAAAAUUAUCUAUAGCUCUGUCAUCAUGUCAUGUCAUUGUAGGUGUCAUGACGUCAGUGUCAUUGUGUCGGUGUCACUGUCAGUGUGUCGGCAGAGAUCUGUCCAUGAAUCAGUGUGCAAUGUUCACAGCAAACCCACACAGAUAAGUCUUAUAGCAUGUAAAUGAAAAUAUUUCACAAAACUAGGUGUCAGGUUUCAAAUGAUACACAAACAUGUUGAGAGGUGUGAGGUGAAAUUGGGUUUAACGUUGCGUCCAAGAUUAUUGCACUUACAUAGCGACGUGCAUGUACGUGUAUGUGUUUGUGUGGCUGCUUGUACUAGUCCGGACUG